AUUUCCACUUGAACAUUCGCAGUCCCUUCCCAUUUUCCCCAAAUUGCAAAAUAUCUCUGGAGCGAGGAAGUGAGUGAAGCAUGGAAGAGCUGAAGAAACUAGAAGAAGCUCAGAGAAUGAUAACACUAAUGGAAUCGCAUGCCUUACUUUCUUCUCCUUCUUCUAAUAACCACCACUCUAAUCGCUUCCUCGCCAAUCUCUUCCUCCUCCUGAUACAACAGUGCGGCGAUCUAGAUUUCAAGGACAAACUCACUCUCAUCAACCAACACCUUCCAAAAAUUUCGGAAUCUUUUCUCGAAGAAGCGUCGCUCUUGUUUAAUCGGGAAGAAGCGGUGCUGCAAACGGAAAGCAAGCUUAUUGCUAAUAGUAAUAGUGAUUUGGAAGAUAUGGCAUUGGUUGGCUUGGAUGCCAUGCAACGCGCAAAUUCUACUCUUGAGGAUUUUUGCAGAUCGUACUUUAUGUUUCAUGAAAUGGACAUAAAUAAGCCGCAAUCGAUAUUCAAAUAUUUACCUCUGCUUUCAUUUACUGAAAGUUACAUUUAUCAGAUGGAUAGUUUAAAUGAAAAGAUAGUCAAUAUGCAAACCAAUAUAGUUGGAGCUGUAGAAAGAAAACCUCACAUGGAAGUGAGUGAAAGCUGGAUUCGUAAGUUUAUUGAUAUGUUAAAAAACGAUCCAUUUGGUCCCCUUGUGGGUCAGCUUCAACAUCAUGGCCUUUUGACAGAGAGGAUCAAUGAAGAACUCAGGUUUGGAGAAGAGUAUUGGGAUUUGGAAAGAAAGCUAUGCUCUGCACUCGUGAACCAAACUGAGAUUUUAGUUGAAGAUGUAAUGAGGGCAAUUCAUUUGAAAUCCUUUGACUAUCGAGUUCUGAAUCUUCUACUGUACCAGUUAAGAGGGGAAAAGGUAAAUGAUGUGCAUAUGGAAUUCUUAUCCAUCUCAGAAUUUCUAGUGGAAGUGUCUGAUGAUCUGUUUGACUAUGAGGAUGAUGUGCUAGAGAAUAAUUUCAAUAUCUUGCGCAUGUUUGUCAGAAUAUAUGGUCCGGCAAUGGCCCCAGCCAUGCUGGCUAAAUACAUUGCUGAAGCGGAAGAGAAGUAUGGCAGUUUAUUGAAAGCUCUGGACCCUCAACUGUCCACAAAUUACCAGAGGAGAUGUGAAGAGGCUACCAAAGAAGGUGGGAAGAUGUCUGGGUAUCCUCUUGGAAGUUGGAACAUACCGCCUGCGAUUGUAGAUGAAGAAUUAUAUCGAUCAAACUGGUUAAAUUCUGAAUCAGUGGUACCUCUUGGUUGACUUAGUGGGUUUAAAUGCAAAACACGUAACAUGCUGUCGCUGCCUAACCUACACCGCAAUAGCAUUAGAAGCCUUUGGUCCCAAGAUGUUUUUACAUGACGUGCUUCAUUUGAAUUCAGUGCUUGUGUAUGCCUUCAUUAAGACAAUGCAAUUUCUCAAGUCUUCACUAA